AUGGAUCCUCACAGCCUGGGCUACCUGCACAGCCAGGGCGUCAUCCACAGGGACGUCAAGGCCGGCAACAUCCUCCUGCGAGCGCCGGGCCAGGUCAAGCUGGGCGACUUCGGCUCGGCCGCCGUGGCCACCCCGGCCAAUUCCUUGGUGGGGACCCCGUACUGGAUGGCCCCCGAGGUGAUCCUGGCCAUGGACGAGGGGCUCUACGACGGCCGGGCCGACGUCUGGUCCCUGGGCAUCACCUGCAUCGAGCUGGCUGAGCGGAGGCCGCCCCUGUUCCAGCUGAACGCGAUGAGCGCCCUGUACCACAUCGCCCAGAGAGACCCCCCGGGCCUCAAGCACCCCCUGGAGUGGUCGGAGGAAUUUCGGGAUUUCGUCUCUCGCUGUCUCCGGAAGCUUCCGCAGGAUCGGCCCCGGGCGCGGCAGCUGCUGCAGCACGCCUUCCUGGCCCAGCAGCGCCCCCCAGGGGUGGUCCCGGAGCUGCUGCGCAGAACCAAGAUGGCCGCCAGGGAGGAGGAGGACGCCCCCAGCCCCUCCCCCAGCGUUCCCAGUUCUCCCAGUAGCUCCAGUGACCCCCCCAGUCCGGGGGAGCCCGAGGACGGCGCCGAGGGGGGAGGGGAGGGACCCCCCGGGACCCCCCCGCAGGUUCCGGAGCGGCCGCGGGCGGAACGUUCCGGAAAGAUCCCGAAAUUCCCGGAGCUCGUCUGGGCCCAAUUCCCGGAAUUCCCCCAAUUCUCCCAAAUUUUCUGACCCAAAAUCCCCCAAAUUCACCCCAAAAUUGGGGAUUUUCCUCAGGGGAAACCCCAAAAACCCCAAAAAUGGGUAAAAAACCCCCAAAAUCUUCAUUUGGGAGGAGAAAUCAACUCCCAACCCCCCCCUCAUUAAACGGGGGCGUUAAUUAAUCUCAUUAUUAUUAUUAAUAAACAGGACGCUGGUGACGUCA